AGCGCCCAUACUUACGCGGUCGCCAAACGGCGCGCUGAAGUCGCGCUCACCGUCCCCGACGGCGAGCUCGACGCUGGCUCUAUCUUCGAUGCCCCCUCGUAGCGCAGCGCCCUCAGAAACUCCUACUCGAUACACUCGUACAACUACCAAAAGUCUCACCAAGCCACGCGCGGACUCAAAUGCGUCGAACUUGAGCGGCGUGACGACCGUCGUGCCCGGCAGGAGCCUAAGCAGCACGUCGCGGUCCCCCAACACGACACCAAUGCUGGCCGACGCGAGCAAGAAGGGCAAGACGGUGCCUAUGAUGCCCACCGCAGGCGGGGCACGCAGGAACCCCAUGCUUUCGCCGCCGUCUGCGUUCCCGCGCAUCGACCAGUCGACGUCCAGCGUGUCGCCAUCCGCGUCGACGAGCCGUAAGGCGACUGCGACACGCCAGAGCAGUGCGCCCGUCCAGGCGGCGCCGUCCGUGGCGCCGUCGCGCAGGAUGACGCGCUCGACGUCUGUCUCGGUGUUCGGCACAGCCGCGUCUGAAACCGCUGGCAAGCCUUCGCCUCCCACGCAGCGCAUGCGGGUCAUGUCCACGCCACGCCUGCUGUCUUCACAGAAGCAGACGGAGUCGUCCGCGCCAGAAUCGCCGUCCAUCAUGCUCACUUCACCCAGCUUGAAGGGCACCAAGUCGCGCACUACCACACCCAAGGCGACACCUACGAAGCCAACGGGGCCUCCCAAGUCGCCGACGCCGACGAGGGCAAAGACCACGCCGAGCGUGAAGGCGUCGCCGAGCACGCCCGCGAAGAGCGUUGCGUCGUCGAAGCGGCCUGCAAGCGCGGCGAGGGGCGAGGCUCCGCUGCGCCCGCUUUCGCUCAUGCCCGGACUUGGCGAAGAGGACGAAUCGUUCUCGAUGUGGGAUGGGGACGACAUGACCCUCGAUAUGGUGACGGAUGUGGACGAUCGGGACGUUGACGAGGAGAUGGAGACAGCAUUGCAGGCAGUGCAGACGCUCCAUGCGCGCAAGAUCCUGCACUACAAACGGCUGCUCGAGCGCGCACAGGCGUCGACUGCGGCGCAGCUACACGCGCUGCAGGCCGAGGUGGGCAUGCUGCGCGAGAAGGAGCGUGAGCGCGAGCAGGGUGGCACGGUCGUGUCCGAUCCGGACGUGGACGGGUUCUGUGUCUGUGGCGGCCGGCGGCGAAAGGAGUACUGGAGUGGGUACCGUGGGGGCGAGAACGACGGCGUCGCGGGCGAGAUUGACCUGGCGACGGCGCUGAGAGGCGACGGGAGUGGCGGUUUCAACGAGAUGGAGGUACGCAGAGCUGUCCGGGGCUUAGACAGGGAUGAUAGGAUGCGGCUGAUUGCACUCAUCCUGGACUCCUGCAUGCCUGGGGACAUCCGUUUGCAAAUUCUCUUGCUGGAGAAGUACGCCAAGUCGACCUUCGACAUCAUCGGCAACCUGGCGCCGGAUCUGGUAUUCAAGGUCUUUAAAUGGCUCACUGUGCAGGAGCUCGUCGGCGUCGAGACUGUCUCCAAAAAAUGGCAAGAAAUGGUGCAUUCCCCGGCACUCUGGAGGUAUCACUGCCUACGAAUCACCGCCACAGACCCGAUGCCUGUGCGUCCUCCGGCUAAGCCGGAGGGCUGGGAGCCCCUGUACCGCUCGCUGCACCACCGCGAGUCGAACUUCCGGAACGCUCUUCCGCAGAGUGUGCGCUUCCUCAACGGACACACCAACUAUUGCACGACGUUGCUCCUGCGCGGGAAGCGCUUAAUCAGUGGUUCUUACGAUGAGACGAUUCGCUUCUGGGAUGUUGACACGGGCGAGAUGAAGAAGUGCCUGCAGGUUAAGAAACCUGUCAGCUGUGUCGACUUCUUGGCAGAUGAGGAGGUCUUCGUUGUCGGCUUCCACGAUGUUGGACGUGUACACCUUUUCUCCUCGCUGACGUUCACUCCGUUACAACAACUCUCUGGUCAUCUGAAUGGUAUUCGUGCUGUGGCGCUGUCCUCGAAGAACCUCGUCUCCGCCGGUGCCGACAAGGCGCUCGUAUGCUGGGACUGGCGAGCGGGGACCAAGAUUGUGCGGUUCGGGCAGCAGACGACGGUCAACAUCGGCGUGCAGAUCAUUGGCAGUAGCUCGGGGCAGGAAGGUGAGAGGGUGGUAAGCGUGACAAUUGAUGGAAUUGUUCGGGUGUUCUCUAUCAAGCGCCGAGAGAUGGUCUCCCAGUUCAGGCUGGCGGAGUUGGGCGGCGGCGAUCCCGUUCUGAACGCAAAGCUGUUCAAUGUUGGGAAGGCGCCUGAUAACAUGUUACAAUGGUUCGCGGCGAAAGGCACUCAGAUGACUUGUGCUACGAAGUCCGUCAUCCUGCACCUCCAGUGGACUGAAGAAGAUGAGCCUGCACAACCUGCGACCGCCAAUGGCUCCUCGGCAGAUCCCUCGCGCUCCGCCUCCCCUCUGACACCGAGUGCACUCAGCCCGGCGCCCGCCCGCCAUCUGCCCACUCUCGCGCGUUCUACAUCUUCUCUUGCCACCCCACGCCGCCGACAAACACUCUCCAUUCAGGGUGGACUCAAGGGCCGACUUUCGCUCAACGUGGCGCCUGGCUCGCCGCAGACGCCCAUGACACCGGUCAGUCCGUCGCCGAGGACAGGUACGCCCAUCUCGGCGGCUCCGGGCCCGGGUUUUGCGGUGCGAUUCGGACGUGCAGCGGUUUUGACUGCGCCACCGAAGCUUGUGGCGGUCGUGGAGACUCCGGAUAUCGCAGUGGGUGCGGUGGACCCGAGGAAAAGGCGCGUUGUGACGGCGACGCGCUUCAGCACGCGCGCAGGGGCAAACAAGACAAUCUACAUGUCGACGCACCGUGACAAAACGCAAGCAGCGAAGACGGCGGAGGAAGACGACGACGAGCCUCAGCAGGAGCGCACACCAUCGCCGUCGUCCGGCGUGGACUUCGACAAGGACCUCCACCCGCUGACGGGUGCCUGGGCGGCGCUCGCAGAGAGCGACAGCCUUCACGCCGCGGGUGUAAAAGGCCUGUUCGGCCAGCUGCCUGCCAACAUGCAACUGAGCCACGAGGAGGUUGUCGUUGGAUGUGCGGAUGGAACAAUCUAGUGUCAUGAACUUUGUUGGGUAUGAGUAUCGCAAGGAGAAGGAAGACGCGUAGAAGAUGACGCGGAGGAGACUGGGACGGAGAGCUCGGAGGGCUCGCCACAGGAGUACUGAUCCGGCGUGUCUAUUCUACUCUGAGUGCGACUCUCACCAUCCUCUGCUCCACUCUGUCUUUCUGACACUGCUUUGAACUGCAGUUGUAUCGCUUUGUCGCAAA